GGCUACUUGUACUUAUUUUUGCCACUAGGGCGGCGUGGUGAUCACCUCAAUCAUAGUAACGUCACAAUAAACCAUUGAGCAUUGCAUACAUGUGAUGUACUAAGCAACUACAGCGCACUCUAGAAUAAAACUUUAUUUGUUCCAUAUUUUGGGGAUACAUUAUACACAGUACAUCGUUCUCCUUUGUAUCUAACUUCUUGUUAUAAAUUAUUAUAAACGUAAAUAAUAUACCGAGCUAAUUGGCUGCGUCUAAUGUGUUUUGUUUCAUUUUUUAGUUAAUAAUUGUAACACGAGAUUGAUGAUUCUAAAUAUUAUUUAUUUAAUAUUUAACGAAUUAUUAAACAAAUUAUUAAUCUGUGAAUUAUAUAUAAAUUGUGGAUUUUUAUUGAAGAACUGUCGGUAAGGACGAAUCAUAUAACUGGAAGUGGAGAAAAAUCUUCAUUCCAAAUCUAUCUUUCAUAUUGUACGUUCGUGAUAUUUAGCUUAUUUACUAAUGGCGACUAACUCAUGGUUAAAACGUAUUCAAAAUGCAAAAAAAACUGCAAUCAUACAAAAUGGAAAUAGGAAAGUUCAUUUCCUAAUGGAAGAUGGCAAAGAAAUGGUUGAAGAAUAUAAUAUGAAUACAAAUGUAUUAGUACGCAGGGCGUGGAAAGAAAAAAAAGAUUUUACUGAGAACAACGCUGGUUGGAUUGUGGAAGUAGGCGAUCCAGAACCUAAAUUAAAUAAUAUAGAAACUUUUGGGAUACAGGAAAGUUCCAACACUCCAUUUAUUACUAGAAGAAAUACGAGAACUGCUUUGGAAUGGAGAAUAAGGAAUUUACCUUAUCCGAUAUCUGUGUAUUCAGUAACAGUGGAAAAUGAUGCUACUAUUACUAUACGUACAAGCAACAAAAAAUAUUUUAAGAAAAUCAAAGUUCCAGAUUUAGAACGUAUUAAUUUGAAGCCUGAACAAGAUAGAAUUACGUAUACUCAUCAAUACAACACUCUUAUUAUCACGUAUAAGAAACCACUCGAAUUGUUGGACUUGGAGAAACAAGUAUUAAAAGAAAUUUUAUCGUUGAAAGCAGCAAACGAUGGAGAAGUACAGUGUCCGACUAGUUAAUAAAAAUAAUUAUUUUAAUUAUCCUUGACCCUGAUCUUGUUUAAAAGUUAACAGAGUAUUUCUAGCUUCUUCAAAUAUUUAUUGUGAAGAUUCAAUAUUUACUUUUGUGACAAUUUUAUUGUCUUUAUAUGUAUAUGUAUAUAUAUAUAUAUAUAUAUCUAUUACGUAAGAAGUUUUCGGUGAGUAUGCAAGAUUACACGAAUGAAAAUUUUGCAUUUUAAAUUAAAGAAUGUUAGGUAUACUAGUCACUAACAAAAUCUCAAAAAUUCAUAAUAUUAUUUAAACAAAUAAUAUACUUUAUUAAUGAUAAGAUAAAAUAGAUAAUGAA